UUAUUUUUUUUUAUUAGGUAUUUGUGCUUUCAAUGAUAAUUACGUAAUGUGUUUUUGGAGUUUAAAUACUGAACUGCCAAUCAACAGCAACAGGUGUACAAUAUUUUUUUCUACCUUAGCUUGGUAGUGGAGCUGGACCUUGACAGAGGCCAGAGCCGGUUACGGAAAAUGGCGUCGCAGUACAAUUAUAAAAUUAAAUUGUCGGAAUGGGGUCUCGACACAUUUAUAGAAAAUUUUGAAGCAGAAGGAAUAGAUGAUGAAAGCUUCAAUCUGCUAGACGACCAAACAAUAAAGGCACUUAUACCAAAAGUAGGUCCAAGACUGAUUUUUAAAAAUAGGUUUAAAACUUUUUUGGAUGAAAGUCAACAGGCAUCGUUCGAUGUGGAAACUAUUUCAAAAGCGUCAACAGAAACGUGGACAUCUUCUAGUAUACUUACAUAUGUCCCUGAUGGGGAAUAUUGGUCCGAUGAAAAUAUAAGUGGACAGAAUAAUCCACCAAUAAUAAUUGAUGACAUAUCAGAUGCACAUUUUGAGUCACCAUUAAAACGAAAGAAACCAGAUACAUUCACUAGCCCUUUUCCUCAGGAUCUUCAAGCAGUUUUAAAUAAAUAUCCUGAUGGUCAGCUAGUUUUAAUAAAAAAGGACAAACUCACAAAUGAUCUCCGAAGCAAACUGACCAAGGUGAUAAUUACAGAACUAUUUGCCAUUUAUGGAACUGAAAUAAGAGCAGAGAUAUUUGUUAAGGUUGCUGAUGAAAUAGAAACUCUAUUUACAUCUGAGAUAAAGGAGACAUAUUAUGUUCCUUAUAAUUCGGCAAAUAAAACUGGUCCUAGGGGAAAGCUGUACACCAAAUAUAUAAAUACAAAAGCUGCAUUAAAACUAGCAAAUAAUAGUUUAGCAACUACUAGCCAAAAAGGAAAGGAAACUGUUUCCCCAAGUCCCGAAAACAGUGAUAAGGACUUACAGUAUAUGAGCUUCUUAAAAGUUGCUACAGAACCAAUUCAUAAAAUUUUUGAGGCAUGGGAAGAAACUUUUAAAAUAAGAAGACGGAAAUAUAUUCAUAGUAAAUUAAAUGAAAUAUAUGGUGACUUUCCCUGUUUAAAGAAUAAUUCUGGACUUGAUCUGAUUGAAACGGAUUUUAAUAAAAGGUUCCCUCAAUCUACAGAUAUAAUAUACAGAACAUGGAGUCAGGUAUCGUGUGGUAUAUUGGCUGAAGCAAAGGAAAGAAAUAUUAACCUUUUUCAUUCUGCAGAAAUUGAUCCAGUGGCUCAGACACUAUUGGUUUUACCAUUUUUAUUCAGUCCUGUUACUAUAAAAAGGUCUCGAAAAGGAAACAACUGGCGUCCUAGCAGAAGUGAGAUACAGGAAAGUUUUUUCUUUCAUGUUCAGAAUUUGGAUGAGCUGCAAUUAAAGAUUGCAUCGCGAAAAGAUAAACUAAACCAAUUUGGCUUGACACUUCAACCAUUUGGUGUAAUUUCUGGUGAGUUAAACAAACCAUCAUAUAUUGUAGUUGUUGAUGAUGUGCAGUAUAUAGUUGAUACUGGCAUUAGAGCCUUAGAGUUACUUUAUAAGCUUUUUCAUGCCCUGGAUGUUGAAUACCCACAUGAAAGUGAACCACUGUGGCUCUUUUUACAAGAGCUAGUUUUUAAAAUGAAACCUCAGAAGAUUUGCCCUUCAACAGUAUCUAUGGUUUCAGAUAUAUCAUACCAUCUGAAAGAAGUAGAUAAUGCUUAGUUUUCUCAGGU